CGUUUUUUCGUCAGGGUGGGUGUGCGCAAAAAUCGGUCGGCAAGCAAUUCAAAAGUUAGAGCAAUCGGAGCGAACCAAAAACGAGAACAACUUACUAAAUUGUAAAAGAAAAAUAAAAAGGCUAACCGACUCGGCGAGCUGUGUUUAUUUCGACAAGUAUUUGAAUAUUUGGAGUGCAAACCAAGGCGAAGGAAGUGGAAGGACAAGCAACGAAAUCGUGCUCUUAUCCGUUCCUGUACUGUGUCUCUCUUUCGCUGCGAGAGUGAAUGUGUUGGUGUGAGUGUAGAAAUUUGCAAGAACAGCAACGCCAAUAAACGAGGAAUCGAGAAAAAAACGCAGUGGCGCGUGAAUCACGAGCAAUCUGAAUCAUCUCCCUACGGCAAUACCUGUUUCUGUUGGCGAAUACUUUAUUGCAAAUAAAUCCCAAGAGAUGGAGCACCACGAGGACAACGCGCAAUUGGACAACUACUUGCAGAACCGGCUGGCCGAAUGCCUGCAAAUUUCCGGAGGCGCCGGCGAGCAUAAUCCUCAUGUUGGAGACGCUACUGGGGACAACUGCUCCGCUCCUGUCAUCGCGGCCUCAAAGUCGGAAGAAGUAGACGCGGAAGAAGACGAGGAGUGGAAGUACAUACACGAGGUGCAGCAGAGUGAAAAGAUUCAACAGGAAAUGCUUUCCCUGACAAAGGAGACUGGCAAUGGUUUUGGACCCGUACUAGACCCUGAGAAUCACGUCCUCGGAAACGGAGCUGCCGCGGGUUUCAAUCUGGCCUACGAAGAGGACGUGGAAGUGAUCAAGAACGAUGGUGACUUUUCCACAAAUUCUAAUACCACUACAUCAACGGACGAGGUGGUAGCCCAGCAGAUCCAGAAGCCAGACCAGUUGGUGGAGCAGCUUCAACAGCAGCAGUUAGAACCGCAAGAAGUUCAUGAGGAUCUCCGUCAGGAAGACGAGGAUGAGCACAGCUCCGUAGCCACUACUUAUGGAACCAGCAGUCUCAGUGAGAACAAUUCCUCGCCUUUAAACCACGAAGAGGUCUUAAUGGCGGCCCAACCAGUUGGUAAAGAGCUGUUAGUGGGCUUCGACAACAAGGAGAACUGCGAUUUUGUUAAAGAACUGGAGGAAAACCACUCUCAUCUAAAUCCCAAUGCUGUGGCCUUUGUGCCUUGCUUUGGGUCACAGCCGUCGUCUCCCCUUCCGGCUACUGAAGACCCCCUGCCCCGCCAAUUUCUACCGGGGGGAGCCCUUGACGAUCUGGUGGCGGAAAGUCCGCGCAAAGAAUUCGCCAGGAUCAACAUGGAUGCUAUUGCGGUGCCCGAUGAGCGUGAAUUUGACAUUGAAGCGGAUAUGCGACCUCACGAACUAGAGCAGGAAUCUGACAUUUUUGGAUCAGGAAACCUUGAGAUGCAGUUGUUGAAUGGUUUAGGAACCGCUGAGCCAGCAGCCUUAAGGGAUGUUCUGGAUCAUGGUCCAGAAACAAGUGUCGAUAUGGACUUGCCUCUAGAUCAGGUGGCUGACGGCGCCGACAUCAUGAAACAAUCAAUUUAUGCCGAGCACAACGCCUCCAUUGAAGAUAUUCUAAAUUCCGUGCAACCUUUGCCCAUUCAGACAGGUGACGACAAGGAACUAAUUCAUGUGGAGGAGAAAGAAAGUGUUUCAAAGUCGCCUUCUACAGAGGAACUUCAGUUUCACUCCGAUUUUCCAAACAAUCAGGACUCGCACACAUUGCUCAAUAACAUUCAGCGAGAUCCAAUGCAAGCUUCAUUUUACUUGGAAAAUACCUCGAUGAAGGCGCAAGAGGACCACCAGGAGCUAAAGCAGCUACCCGCUGAGGGCUCUGAUAUUUUUGCCGACCAGAGUUUGUUGCUAGACACCAGUGCACCGCAGUUUAGCUCUGAAGCAGACUCGCCUGUGGCGAAAUUGGAGCUGGAGUCCCAGCAAGCCGGCAUUGAAGACAUCACGCCUUCGCCCCUUUCCUCCACUGCGGAGAAACAUCUGGUUGAAGACACCAAGGAGUUAGUUGGGGAGUGUACGUUGAAUCCGGAAUCCCAUCUCUUUGGGGUUAUUUCAUCCGAAGCUCCUCCACAGAACGACGAGGAUUACGCUGCCCUUAAAUCAGUUUCCAGUUGUGAAACUCAAAACAUUGAUGAAAUAUCACCUACAUCGCAACGUAUUAAUCCGUUUGCCCAGCCUUUCACACCCGCGCAUCUGAAAACUCAGCAGGAGGAUUUAGGAGGUAUGCCUAUAAAUGCUUCCGAGGACUUCGCUAUAUGUGAUAAAGAUGCGAGUAAGUCUACAAAGAGAGAGGACCAAAGUGAGCAACACGUCAUCGCAAAUGAGGAACUGCAAGACGCUGUUGGAGAUUUCGUUCCCCAGGAUGGAAAUCUUGGCACUGAAAAGAACUUAGUUGCUGAAGACUGUGUAAUCGAAAAUAUGCAGGCUGCAUAUUCGGAAGAGCGACUACCUAUUGCUGUUUCAGAGGAGACACCACUUUUAUCUCCUUCAAAUGAGAAACUCUUGCCUGGUACUCCAGAUGAGCAAUUGCUGCCUUCUGCUUCGGAAAAGGAACUGCCCUCUGCUGAUGCAGAGAUGCACUUGUCAGUCGCUGCCGAUGGUCCGAUAAUUUCUCAGUUAGAUGAAAAUGUUAUCUCAAUUAAUAAACCUUUGGAAGAUGUUUUAGAAGUAGAAAAAAAUAUUGAAGUUGUGAAAACUUUGUCCAAAGUAACUUCUGCUGCUACUGUAGCUGGAGGUGCGGUUCCUGGUGCUACCAAACCCCAUUCAGCGACCAAAGCAGGAUCUACAGCAGCUAGUGCUAAACCGAAAACAGCAUCCUUAGCAAUGAAGAAGACUACACUGAGCACUACUUCUGUUUCCGGGACAAACAAGUUAGCCGGUCCACGCCCAAGUACCACCCGCCUUGGAACCAAAACUACAAGUAUAGAUACGAAAACUGUGACUACAUCUUCAGGAACUGGAAACCCUCGAAAAUCACUAAGCAGCAUUGCCGCAUCUACAGUAAAGCCACCGACCAAGUUAAGCAGUACUAGACCAGCUACAGCUCCAGUGAGCAAGGUAACAUUAGGGGCCAAAACCAUAACAAACAAGCCGACUGCAAGUGGAACUACAUCUGCUAAUGCAACCAGGACAACACUUCGUAAACCAGCAACAAGUGGAACCGGAACUGGAGCCUCCUUAACUGCUCGACGACCAGUAACAAAUGCUACAGGAUCUGCUCCUAGCAGCGCUGCUUCAACAAAAGUUCGCCCUGCGGCCACAAUGACAGCCCCAGUCAAGCCUAAAGUUUCGUCGCCGCGCAGCACCCUUUCUACCACCACCACUGUACGAAAGGUGCCUAGCACGUGUGCUCCUUCCCUUUCUACUCGUAGCCCUACCAAGCAGCAAGCCAAUGGAUUAGGCAAAAAUACCAGCUCUACCACCGCUUCCACUACUACCGCAACUAUCACAAAAUCGUUCACAGCUCGCCCAGCUCCAAAGUUUACGCAUUCUGCUAGCUCCACCAAUAACAAUGGGAGUACAACACGACGAUUACAGGUUCCUGGAAGCUCUACUACUACAACCACGUCGUCUCUCAGGAAGUCAUCACCAUCAAAGGCAGUGCCAGGCAAAGCUACAUCAAAGCCACUGACACCGAGUUCCAAAGAUGGCGCCACUAAGUCAUCGCCGGUUGUAUUAAAAGCUAGGAAGCCUACUUUGAAUGGCAAGGAAGGGGUAGCACCAUCACCCAAAAAUACUUUAACCACUAAUGGUCAGAGCAAUGCGGAAGAAGUUGUCAAGCUUAACGGAAACGGACUUCAGGAAGAGGAUAAGAUUAUUGAAGAGCAACCGUUUCAUGACCAAGAUGUCCUCGCCCAAAAUGAUGUGUCCCUUUUGGACUUUUAAUGUACAUCCUAAACUCCAGAUCACACAGUUAAUAUUACUUUAUUAAUACUGAGAACAUAUUAAGGAAAAGUGUUUAAAACGAACAGAAGAAAAUUUAGAAGACUUAAACAGAAAAACGAGUAAUACAAUAGCAUCCUGGUAACCAAAUUAGGAAUUUUUGCUCAUUGUACUUAUUUAUAUACGAUUGCACUCUUGAUUUCUUGCUACAUAUUAUUAUAGUAUUUUAUUUAAAACAAUAAUGAACUAUUUCAAAUGAACGCGGAGUGAACGAAUGUUUGUGCUAUUUUGUAAAGAAAACGAAAGUAAAGUGUCACCAAGUGCUGCGUUAUUUAAA